AUCUUGAACCUACUGCAUCUAUAGAGUUAAAGCGUUAUGGGCUACUCUGAAGUUCUUUGCCAUAUUUGUGGCGUCAGCUUCAACAUCAGCCGCUCCCGAUCGGACAAAGAACCUCAAAGCGCAGCUUGGGGCCAAAGCCUCGAGGUUAACCCCGACAAUAGUCAUGGUCGAUGGGGAUGCUACUACGUGCAGAGAAAUGGGAGUCAAGAACCUGGAACUGCGUCCUCUGAGACAGUCAAAUAUUUCCCACCAAAACUCGACUCCGAAGAUUCAUCCGAUGACGGAUGGACGUCAGAUACACCAGAUGAUGAAUGGGAACACAUCGCGGGACCAGAAUGCGAGUACAACGGAGCCUAUAAUGGAAACUACAUCUCUGCGGAGGCCGUGAAGCGCUGCCAAACAUUCCAGUGUCUUGUACCAAAAAGCGAGAAUUGGCAGCCCGAGAGUGACGACCAAGACUUUGAAGUUUCGGGCAAGUUCUUCCUCAGCGGUUUGGCUGACGACAUGCCCAGUAGAGAUAUGGGCUGGCCAUUUGUUUCUCCCCCGCGUCAUGGUACGAGUGAUGUAAGAGCUGAGAACAUUAUUUGGAGUCCUGACGAAGCGGACGAGUAUUGUAUGCCAUUUCAUCCGACCUGCUUUGAGAUAUUCAAGAGAGCCUCUUUGUAUCGAUAUGGAACUGUGGAUGUUGAGUGCCUGAUGCAGUGGUGGCGUCUUGAACCGGGAUACGAUGAUUUCUAUCGUUUUCCUCGGCAUCCUGCUGUUAAACAAGGUCAGGAGCAGUGGUGGAGUCAUGAUCGUGGAGGCGAAUUCCUAGCGGCCAACCCUUGCUUUGUUCCCGGAUUAGACGAUCUCUUGCAGUCAACACAGAGCGUGGAACGUACCCUUGAAGAUGAUUCUGGGCUUUCUGGAACUACGAUAUCAACGAAACCAGCCCCUACCGACCCAUUCUCAAAGCUUCCUCGCGAAAUGAUACGUGAGAUUCUCAUUCAUCUCAGGUUCAAGGACCUUGCCAACCUCCGACUCACCUCUCGCGUAUUUCUACAUCUGCCAAACCCCGUGUUGUGCGAGUUGACCAUAAGAGAUACCCCUUGGCUAUAUGAGGCAUGGUCAUCAUUACCUAUUUCUUUCUGGGCAACAACAACUCAAGAGGAAAUCGAACAAGAAAUUGAACGCAGAGGUAGCAUUAGUACAACCUCUCAUCCGGUCAAGCUACUCAGCAAAGGUGAAACAGACUGGCUCCGUCUUCAAGUGGAGGUUGCCCGGAACUGGAAAACAUUGCUUGGACUACAGAAUCGGCGCAGGAUCUGGGAUGAUUGCCACGAAAUCCUGAAUCGGGUGGAUGAAUAUCGGAAACAAAGCAAGAUCUGAGAUCGUUAUUAUUUCUUAAUCUUAAUUCACUCCAUAAUUGGCAAUUAUAGCCACUUUCAAUGUGAUAAAUUAAGCUAACUGGC